AGAUCUUGCAAUGCUAUUAGUGAUCGUUCCAUGUAUUCCAAAAGUAAAAUGCAUCGCGAGAAAGAUGAGGAGACUUGUCAGAUACCUGAUCCUGCAUCAUGUAUAGGAAAUCCAUUUACAGCAUUUGAGGUUAUAAGGUUGCAGGAAAAGAAGCAGUACCAGGAAUUAUUAGACAAGUAUAUGAAAAAUCAAUUUUAUCAACCUCUAAAGAAAACAACUGUUGUGGAUGUUGAACCCGAGUCUUCAAAUGAACUUUUGAAUCUGGAACAUUGCAACAAAGAAGUUCUUCAGCAGCCUUUAGAUUCAUACCUUCAGCAAUACUAUGAGCCUUUCAAGAUUUCUGAAGAAUCAUCUGAAAAAGACCAAGAGCAACAAAUGCCUGAGGUGCAAGUCACAGAAGAUGAAGUUUUAGAAAUUGAUGAUGAUAUAUCAAUACUUAAGGUUUCACUGCCUAAAUUCAAAUUGAAGUAUGAUCACAAGCCUAACUUUGCCGACCCAAAGUGGCUAUCCCAGCUUCAAUUUCAAGUUCGUGCACAAGCAGAAGAGAGGCAAAAAAUUGAAGCUGACCAAUUAAAAAUCUUACAAAAAUUGCGAAGAGAUCGGUUAAGUAAGCAAAUAAUAACAGCUAUUGAGCCACGAAAAGAACAAGCCAGAAAAUCAAUAGAAAUUCCUGAAAUAACUCCUGAAAUGAAUGCAACAAUUGAAAGAGCUUUAUGUCAACCAAUGGAUUAUAAAGUAGCUCAGUCAAAAAAUGCCAGCCUUAUGAAAAGAGAUAUAGAAACAUUAGUUGGUUUGAACUGGUUAAACGAUGAGGUCAUAAAUUAUUACCUGAGUCUAAUUGUUGAAAGAAGUGAAACCAACAAAAAUUAUCCAAAAGUUUAUGCUUACAACACCUUCUUCUAUUCUACCCUAAAAAAUAAAGGUUACUCAUCUGUUAAAAGGUGGACCAGAAGAGUUGAUAUAUUCAGCUACGACAUGUUACUAGUGCCUCUUCAUCUUGAUAUUCACUGGGCCUUAGCAGUAAUAUAUCCUGCAAAGAAAAAAAUAGAGUAUUAUGACUCAAUGAGUUCCGGUGAAUUGUCAUGCUUCACAGUUCUCAGUGACUAUAUUGUUAGUGAAUUGAAAGACAAGAAGGGACUGAUUGAAACUUCAGAGUAUCAUCUUGAAAAAAUGAAUGCACCUAUCCAAAUGAAUGGAAGUGAUUGCGGUAUGUUUACCCUCAAAUACGCUGAGUACAUAACAAGAAAUGCAAGCAUGAAUUUUGAUCAAGCCAACAUCCCUUACUUCAGGCGGAGAAUGAUUUAUGAACUUUUAACCAAUACGUUGCUGUGAAAGAACUUUAAAUCUGUAUAUUCUGUAAAUUACCAAAAUAAGUGUACAUAUGUAAAAUGAAACUGACAAGUAUAAUUUUGCAGUCUAAACGUUAAAAAAAAUCUGCAUUUUCUUUUUUCCCUGUGCUAAUGAAGUAAAACUGACUCUUAUGCUGCCUAUAAGAGCUUUAAGUUGAUUUAAGAUACUUGUGUAUGCCAUUUCAGUUGUAAAAGUAAUCAAGAAAUAUUCAGUUAAAAUCAACAUUCUGAUCUCUUUAUGUCAAAAUAAAUUCACCUUUGAAGAAAAAAAAUAUAUACUUCUCGUAUUUUUUUAUACACAUUUACUUUGCAAAUUAAAAAGUGCAUGAGGAAAUUUAUGCAUUAGUAAGUGUUAGUAAAUGCCGAACAUAAAUUAAAAGUUCAAGAGGAGUUUAGUGUCAAGGGGGGAAAAAAUAUACAUUGAAUUUAGAUUUUCAUGGAAAAAGUAAGUAAGAGAAGUAUAUCCUGGUCUUCAAAAUCAGUUCAGCUUUCUUUCUUCAAAAUCUGCAAUGUAUUUCUCUGGGGAAAAAAAUAGUAAUUUUUAGUUUAUACAAGCAGCAGUCAUCUUAAUUAUUCUACUUUGUUUUAUUUUCUCCUUAUGAAUAAAUGUAUGUUAAGCAAUUGAAAUUGGAGCAACUCAUUAGGUAGAUUCCAAAGAAUACUAGAUCUCAUUUGGAUAUUAAAUCACAAUUGUGCCAAAAAAAAUUCACUGAAUUUUACAGAGAAGGGCAUUUGUUAGAGCUUUUAAUUCCUUUUGAAAAAAGCUUCAAAUGUGAACAAAGCAAUAAAAUCGCUCUGUUCUUAUUUCAAACUAUAAAGCACCUAACAAUUAGAUGUAGGAUUUUACUAGACGAGGAAUUGCAAAAUGUAUAUAUUUUUUAUACACUUGCAUUUAAUAGAGUGUAGAAAAUAUUUGUUAGACCUUAAGUUUAUUACGAAGUUAUUUUGACACUUUAUGCACCAGUGACCUUUAAACUUGCCCUACUUUGGGGCUGCCAUUUUUUGUGCCUAGUUACUGGUGACACAAAUAAACUGGCCACAUGAUACUGAUGAUCAAAACACUUGCUAAUAUGUGAAUUGCAAAUGUUUAACAGAAAAAUGCCUCCCCCCCCCCACCAACUAUUCUUUUAUUUUCAAAGUAAUUUAUAUUUUAAACUGUCUUGAGUUAGUGAAUCACUAAAAUACAAUUUCAUGAUUCUUGAAAUUUUUAAAUGUAAUUUUCAUUAAACUAACAGUAUGGAGUCACCCUGUGCUCCAUGAAAAGCUAGUAAACAACUAGUAAUAAAAAUAAACCAAGAGGAAGUAACUCCUAGUUAGUAUUCUGGUGAUAAAAAAAACUUUUAUAUUUUUAAAACAUUUUUCUUUCCUUAGAGUUGAAAUAUUGAUAAAAUAAAAGGAUUUUCUGCUAAAUAGGCAGAAUUUUCUUUUUAAGCAAUUACAUGUAUGAAUAAAUAAUCUUUAUAUUAUUUUUUUCAUAUCUAUAUUUGUCUGCUUGUGCACAAGGUUUGUGAAAUCUCCAAUUUUGAAUGGCAGUUUUCAGAUUAGUUAGAGCUUUUCGGUUAAAAUACUUCUCAAAAAGCCUCUAGUGCAGAUUAAAAUGACAUGACUUUUAUAGGAAAAUAAUUUAUAUUAGCAACUAAAAAACAACUAAGAAUAAAUCUUCAAAAAUGUUUGAUAAUGACCUAUAAAAGUUUCUCUUCAUACUUGCAAAACUAAAGCUCAAGUUUUAUUUUAACACAAAAAUAAACAGUUUGACUUCUCUACUUUUCUGUAAUCUAGACCUCUUUGCUUCUAUUACAUUGUUUGCCUGAAAAUUCAAAGUAUACGUGAUGCACAAGUAUUAGAAUCAUUUAGGAGCUGAUGUAGUUAAGCAUAGAAUAUAAAAACUAAGAAAAUUAAUGCAUAUUUGUUUAACAGAAGCUUUUAAAAAAACUUCAUGACCUAGAAAGUACUAAGAAGUGAUUAAAUCCUUUAAUAACUAAAGGAAUAAAAGUUACCUUUAAUUUCCAUAAUAUUCAGACAUUAAUUUUGAGUUAAAACAGGGUUUGUACGCUCCUUCAAACCUCCUUCAUUUAGGAAAUUCUUUUGAAGCACCCUUCAAUUUCCUUCAUUUUGGUUUUAACGCCUUCAAAACUGCUUCUUUCUUAGUUCAAUAAAACAUAAUCUUCUAUGACAAUAGCUUAAAAUAUUUCAAUUGACAACUUAACUUUAUCACAAGGUGAUUGUGUAAGGUCAAUUUUAAUGUAAAUUCGUAUAUUUGUUUCAUAAAGAUGUGAUUUACAUAUUGAUCAUAGAAGUCAUAAAAGUUAAAGGUGAAAAUAUUAUUAGAUAACUGAGACGUUUCCCAAGUGAAGUAAAACAUGCUUAAAUGGUGCUUGGCUAUUUUUUCAAGUUUUAUGAUUAUUGUUUUUCUCUCCAUUCACUCAGCAGCAAAAGUCAGGUUGUCUAAUUAUUUAAAUAUUUAUAAAUACAUGCAUUGAUGUACUAUAUUAAGUGAGUGUGUUAAAAAACAAUUGUUUAGUAAAUCACAGAUAUGUAUGAUAUUGUAAAAAAAGUCAUCCACAAGUGAUGUCAUGCCUUGAGGGGGAGACGGGUUCAUGAAAUUGUGAUAAGGGGAAGAGAGAGGGUGACAUCACAGUUAUUGUAACAAUAUGUUUAAAAAAAAUAUGACAUUCGACAAGAGGAGGAGUUACGUGAAGUGUGACACUUUGUGAUAAGGGGGAAGGCGGUCAAAUAU